AUGCCAGUUUUGGCCGGCCAGCUGAUCGAGUCGACGGAGGCCAACGGCAAGAUCGAGGCCGCGAACAACCGCAUCAGGUCGCUGCGGUGGGAGCGCGACGAGGCCCUGCGCGACUGCGAGCAGCUGGGCGGGCAGAAGCUCGCGCUGGUGACGCAGCAGGAGGAGCUGGCCCGGGAGAAGGAUCGGCUCUCGGAGCAGAAGCAGCAGCUGAUGAGGAUCGUGGAGGACGACCUCCACCGGCACACGUGCUCCGUGGACGGCCUGCCCGCGCGGGCACCCGUCGGCACGGAGGCGGCCUUCCAGUUCCCCUGA